AUGAAGAUCAAUGGAAGGGAGUUGAUGGAGUCCAGCAGCUGCCCACACUCGAGCCAACAUUCAGGACACUGUAAGGCAGCAGACAGCCUGAGAGUCAGCAUUAACAGCAGUGUUUUCACUGUGGAUAAAACUAUUGUAGCUAAUAACUGUGACUACUUCAGAGCACUCUUCCAAUCAGGAAUGAGAGAGUCUAGACAGGAGGAGGUCCAGCUGAAAUGUGUGGGAGAUCUGGGAUUUCUAGUUCUGUUGCAGGUGCUGGAUGGGGAGCGACCCAUGCUCAACAGUGACCAGAUCGUUGAAGCGAUUGAGUGCACAGCUUUUCUCCAGGUGCCAGCUCUCACCAAGCAUUUGAUCAAUAUUAUAAAUUCUGAAAACUGCUUGCUUAUUGUCCACACAGCUGCAACCUAUGGAGUGUGGGAGUUGUUCCACAGAGCAGCCUUAUUCAUAAGAGACAUAUACACUGACCUUGGCGAGGAUGUUCACACCUUACCCAACAAGCUGGUAGAAUACAUUGAGUCUCUUCUCCCCAGUAGCUACAUGGCAGUGUGCAGUCACUCUCCAUCCACUAAGCUCCUGCAAGAUGUCCAGAGGACAGUGUGCUAUCUAGAUGAAGAGCACAAAGAGUGGAGGGUCCUCACACACCUUCCUGUGAGCACCAGCACCAGCAUGGCAGGUGUGGCAGUGCUUGACAACAAACUGUACAUCAUCGGAGGAGUGCAUGAUGUAAGUAAAAAGGUAGUGGAGACUGGAUUCUGCUACAACCCUGCGGCCAAUUCAUGGUCCGUCAUCUGUGGGCCUCAGCAGCAACGCUACAACCUCUCUCUGAUAGGUCAUGAAGGAUGCCUGUAUGCUGUAGGAGGGGAGUACAACAUGAAGGCUUUGUCAUCAGUGGAGCGAUAUGGGCUAUCUGAUCAGAGCUGGAGUUUUGUUUCCUCCCUCCCGUGCCCUUCGGCCUCAGUUGUGUACACCGUAGCCAUGAGCAGGAUCUUUAUCUGUCUCUGGAAAGGGAAAGGAGCCACAGACAUACAUGAGUAUGUACCUGAACACAAUCGGUGGAAUCUGGUCACUACACUCAUCCGCCAGCACAGUUAUGGUCUUCAUAUGGUGGCCUACAGGGAUAAUCUCUAUGUGAUGCGGAAUGGACCACGUGAAGAUUUCUUACAGUGUGUGAUGGACUGUUACAAUCUGACUUCACGUCAGUGGGUGGUCAUGUCCGGUCAGUACGGCAACAGCAAAAGUUCUCUGUUCACUGCAGUGGUCAGAGGAGACUCUGUGUUCACUCUCAGCAGACACGUGACCACAGAGUAUACCAUAGAGGAGUACAAAUGGAGACCAAGGUGUGAGAUGAAAGGUUUUGGCAGGAUUGGAUCCAUAUAUACAUUUCUGAUGAGGCUGCCUAAAGCCACUGUCUCCCUUUUGGGAAACUGCCCGGGUCGUACUCAGGACCAAAACCUCGGAGACCCUGAUGUCUGUCCCACACUGUCCCUGGGAUGCUCUCAGAACCUUUAA